GAAACAACGAGAGCGGAGAGGUAUAGCGUUGCUGUGAUACGGCCCUAUAUAUUUGCUGACAGGACUAUCUUCCUUUUAAAGACAACCUCCUCCUUACAUUGGUUUUCACUUAGUGAUGUCGCGUAUUUGUGUGGUGAACCUGUAAAGAGCAAGACAGGCAGAAGCCAGCUUUUUUAAUUAUUUGAUUCAUUUUAUUUCUUCAGUUAUUUUUGAUUUUAUUUAAUCCAUUGGCUGAAAGGGACUCAUUUCUGUAUUUUGGUUAAAUAAAUAUUUAAUUUAAUCAUUUUAUCUUGUUUAUGUGUUGAUUUAUGUUUCCAAGUUUGAACUAAGAGAAAGGCCGAAUUCAUCUUUUUAUAGCCUAUUUGCAAGUGUCUUCUUCAUUCUCUAUUUUUAAAGAGAUUGUUUGGCUAAGGACGUCCGUAACUUUCAUUUGUAGAAACGACGGCAACUCCAAACUAACAUGGCAGUCAGACUGUGCGACGUGGCUUCUCUGCUUAGAAGUGGUUCGUGGGCGGCAGAGCCUUGGACUGGGCAGGUAAUUGCAGCCAUGGAAACACAGCUGUCCAAUGGGCCCACUUGCAACAACACGAGCAACGGCCCCUCAACAAUCUCAAACAACUGCUCAUCUCCGGUCGAGUCGGGGAGCAUGGAGGACAGUAAAACUAACUUGAUAGUAAACUACCUGCCUCAGAACAUGACCCAAGAAGAGCUCAAGAGUUUGUUUGGGAGCAUCGGGGAAAUUGAGUCCUGUAAAUUAGUUCGAGACAAAAUAACAGGGCAGAGCCUAGGUUAUGGAUUUGUGAAUUACGUGGACCCGAAAGAUGCAGAGAAAGCCAUUAACACAUUAAAUGGCCUGAGACUACAGACCAAAACCAUUAAGGUGUCCUACGCUCGUCCAAGCUCGGCCUCCAUUAGAGAUGCAAAUUUGUACGUCAGUGGCUUACCAAAAACCAUGACUCAGAAAGAACUAGAGCAGCUCUUCUCUCAGUAUGGACGAAUCAUUACCUCACGCAUUCUGGUGGACCAAGUGACCGGUGUCUCCAGAGGGGUGGGUUUUAUCCGGUUUGACCGGCGAAUCGAAGCAGAAGAAGCCAUCAAGGGCCUGAAUGGCCAGAAGCCACCGGGCGCCACAGAGCCCAUCACCGUGAAGUUCGCCAACAACCCCAGCCAGAAGACGAGCCAGGCUCUGCUCUCCCAGCUGUACCAGUCGCCCAAUCGAAGGUACCCCGGACCCCUCGCACAGCAGGCACAGCGCUUCAGGUUGGACAAUCUGCUAAACAUGGCAUAUGGAGUCAAGAGCCGGUUCUCCCCCAUGGCCAUCGAUGGGGUGACCAGCCUGGCUGGCAUCAACAUCCCAGGGCACGCGGGCACCGGCUGGUGCAUCUUCGUCUAUAACCUGGCUCCGGAUGCAGACGAAAGCAUUCUGUGGCAGAUGUUUGGGCCGUUUGGCGCCGUCACAAACGUCAAGGUCAUCCGGGACUUCAACACAAACAAGUGCAAAGGGUUCGGAUUUGUCACCAUGACUAACUACGACGAGGCAGCCAUGGCCAUCGCCAGCUUGAACGGAUACCGCCUUGGGGACAGAGUUCUGCAAGUCUCGUUCAAAACCAACAAAACGCACAAAGCCUAAUCUCCAUCUCGGAUUGUUUAUAGAAAACUCUACAGAAAAUGGAAAAAAACCCUAAAAUGGAAACCUACCGACCGUAAAACUUUCUACAUUAGUAAAAAAACAUCUUUGUAAAUCAGUGUUACGAAGGGAAACUAUACUUAGCGUCCAAAAGUGUGUUUUCUUUCUUUUCCUUCAUUGCUAGGCUUUGAAACGUCUUAAAAUACUUUGCGGUAAAACCAAGAGAAAAAAAAAAUACUGCAGGUUUUCACGCCUGUCUUUAAAGCUGGACCUUUUAAAAUGUUACUAAAGGGUUGUUUUUUUUGUUUUGUUGCACAUCUGCUGUAAAAAAAAAAAAAAAACAGGAAGUUUUUGUAAGGCUUUGUGUAGUAAUAUUUUUAUUUUUUGUAUUUUUUUUUCUGUGUCUUGAUUUGCCUUGGUGCUUUCUGCGUCUUAAGUGGUUAACAAAUUAUUUUAUUUUUGAUUAUUCCGUUUAAAAAAAAAAGAAAUUAAAUUAAAAAAAAAAAAAACGUUAGUAUUAUGUUUAUUGUAAUAUGAGUUAGUUAGUUAUUGGUUGGCUGCAUAAUAUUGCUUAUUGUAAAGUUAAUGGAGAAAAACACACAAAAAUAUGUCUUAAAAAGCAGUACCUUGCCAAAGAGCUAAGAACCUCUUUGAUGUGGGUUUAAAAAGCAUCUAUUUUUAUAAAAAGACAAAUUUGGAGAAACUUUUUACUGGACCUGGGGGAGAAAAAAAAUAAAAAAUAUUUUGACUUGGGAUACUUUGAGAAAUAUCUUCAUAUGACACCUGACCAGGAAGUUUGCAGUGGUUGACAUUUCUGGAGAGAUUUCUGAUGUAAAAGAGAGAACCCUUUUUGACAUCUUUGUA